CAAAAUGACGUCACUGCAGCUAACGCCAUUUUGAUACUGAACACCGUGGGUGGAACAGAUCGGGCACGAUUAGACGGCAAAAUUUACACUCAAACACGCUGAUUAAGUGGUCAGCAAACGCCGAACAGCCAUGUCAUCAGAUAACCAGGACACGGAGAAGCAGUCGGAGCAGAUGGACGAGACUCAGGAAUCCCAGGACACAAACUCAAACCCAGUGCGGACAGAGGAGGCCAAAUUGAAAGCGAAGUAUCCCAACUUGGGUCAAAAGCCAGGUGGCUCUGACUUUCUGAUGAAGAAACUGCAGAAAGGGCAAAAGUAUUUUGACUCAGGAGAUUACAACAUGGCCAAGGCAAAGAUGAAGAACAAACAGUUGCCUGCCGCAGCUGGUCCAGACAAGAACAUCGUCACCGGGGAUCACAUUCCAACUCCACAAGACCUUCCGCAGAGAAAGUCCUCAUUGGUUACAAGUAAACUGGCUGGCUAACGUCAGCCAUAGGUUUUGAAUAAACCCUCUUACCAAA